CCGCGUUUAACCUAGAAUCAAAGUAAUACAAAAGUGACAAGAAUCCCGGAUUUGUAAGUAAAGAAUACUCGAUAAUCAAGCAGCGUGACUUUCUGGCAAAGCCUAUAAGGCCAAUAUUAGAAAAUUUUAAUUUUCUAUAACCCGAAAAAGAUUUUGUGAUACUUCACAGUGACCUGUUCUCAUAAAUUGCUACAAUAUGAUUCUCGGUGUUAUAAGGACAGCAAUCACCUUGAAUUUUGUUGCUUUGGUAACUUCAAUGGAAAUAGUUGAUAGAACUGUGGCAAACAACAAAGCCGAGUUCGCCGAAGAAAGUCUUACAGUCAGUGCCGAAGUAUAUUUAUCAAUUGUUAACAGUUCACGUGUGACAUUCCUGGACUCCGUUAGAAACUACGGCAGUCUUUAUGUCACAAAUCGUAACAAUCAGGACGUUUGGGUGAGAAUGUCAGGACAAGACUUCGAGAAUUCUGGAACUGUUUCUUUUAGCUGUUUGACGACUCCAGUACUUUCUGAUUAUCACAUCAUGGCUACUAGAUCGUUUGUGAAUACUGGAAACAUGUACUUUGGUGUUUAUGGUGGAGACUAUGGAGCUUCACCUUUUUCAGUGACUUCAGUGGCUACAUGGACGAACAGUGGAAUGAUACUUUUUCUGGUAGCUCAUGGUGAGAGUGCCCAGUUACAAAUUCAACGAUACACUCCGGAUAAUGGAUAUCGUUCCAUAACAAACACUGGCUCUCUUUGCUUGAACAACACCCACUGGCCAGUACAGACAAACAUAGAGGGAAAUGGCUGUAUUAUUGUAGGUUCUGGUGGACAGCUAGACUUGCAAUUCUCGGAAAGCACCCAUGGAAUUGCGGAAGAUCAGACCAUUUACUUGGCAUCCUCCGACUCUUUGUUGAAGAUUUUGGGACUAGAAUCUUAUUCAAGCGAGCCCCCGGUUAUUAAGCUCGCUGGCUUAGGAGGAAGCAACAGAAUCCAAUUUCAAACGUAUUCAACUCAGACAUAUCGAUAUUACACAUCCACAGGUCUCUUGAAUGUCUUUGUUGACAAUGUUCGUAAAGUGUCAUUCAAUAUUGGCAUAGGAUAUGAGCUGGGGCUUUUUGAUUCAACAUCAGGUAUUCUUUCCUAUAGUGGAGAGCCACCAGAUAGCGCCCCAGAUGUUUGCAAAUGUGGAACAUCAUUCCCCGCCGUUCCAAAUACUUCUGGUUAGGCUCAGCCAAGUGCACAAAAAGCGUUUUUCAAAACGGAAAUAAUGCAAAAGAUCUCCAGUCUUGCAUCACUGUUAUACAUCAAGCUUCCACAGUAUUGGCUGUGGUCGCAAACUACAUAUGAAAAAUUUGUUUGAAAUUCAGUUAAAUUGUAUGCUUGACAUCAACAACAUAUAGCUCUGCGUGAUUGUAAUAAAACAGUGAAUUUCACGCAAAAUUCUUAUUAUUGCCCCUGCUUUCAGUGAAAGAAAGACUUGAUUCUAGCUACUGUGCUGCUACUGUGCUUCUGGAAUCAUCGUCAGCAGCCCCGAGUAUUAUAUAUUGAAAUACACCAUUUAAUCUACUAACAUGGCAUGGCGCU